AUGGCGUCGCUCCAACCAAUCAAGCUAUAUGCGCACAAAAAAGGGCCUAACCCAUGGAAGGUUGCCCUGAUUCUCGAAGAACUUGGUUUGCCGUACGAAACGACUUACCUCGAGUUUCCUGACGCCAAAGUCGAGCCGUACAUUUCCUUGAACCCCAAUGGCAAACUUCCAGCAAUCCAGGAUCCCAACCACAGCAUUGAGUUGUUCGAGAGCGGCGCAAUUAUCGAGUACCUGAUUGAACAGUACGACAAAGACGGGAAAUUAUCGCACGAGUCGCUGCAGGACAAAUCCCUGGCCCGCGCCUGGCUGCACUUGCAAAUGUCUGCCCAGGCGCCCGUGAUCGGGUACAAGGUCUGGAUGGGCCGUACCUACGACGCCAGCCAGAUUGUCUCUGCCAAUGAGUUCCUGACACUGGAGAUUAAGAGGGUGCUGGGUGUCUUGGAUAAGCAUCUGGCCAAAAUGGGUGGCCCAUACCUCCUCGGCUCCAAGGUCUCAUACGCAGACUUGGCCUUUGUCCCGCACUACAUGAUGCUGCCGUUGUUUGUGCCAGACUAUGAUCCUGCCACUGAAUAUCCCCAUUUCGCGGCUUGGCUAGCGGCGUUGAAGGAGCGACCGGCUGUCAAGAAGAUUGCGGCGACCAAAGCUGCUCUAGCUUGA